UCCCCUGGGGCUAGGGCAGAGCCUGGAGCAUCGGGGUCCCUGCCUGGGAGGGGCGGGGGGAGGGAACGGGGAGGGAAGGAGGAUGCUCCGGGGGUGGCUCUUCGCUUUCUCUCCUGCCCGGAGCUCGCAGGGGCUCGCUUGGAGGAUGUCUCACCCCCUCGGCACAGGUGUCACUGCUGGGAGAAAGCCGCUGCCCGCCGCGGUGAGCUCAGAGCAUGCUGCUGAGGGCUGGCCCCAGGAGGUUUCUGGAGCAGCACCUUCUCUUCGUGGGGAACGCAGAGCAGCAGCACCCGGCUCGGAAAGCUCUCCCGAAUCCCUUCAUGCCUGAGGAACCCUCCUCAGCCGAGCCAGAGCUGCCCUCCUCCAACCUCACCAACGCCACAGACUGCGGCGAGGAGAUCCUGCUCUAUGGGGACACCGAGAAGAUCGUCAUCGGAGCCGUGCUCUCCAUCAUCAUCCUCACCACCAUCGCGGGCAACGGGCUGGUCAUCAUCUCCGUCUGCAUCGUCAAGAAGCUCCGGCAGCCCUCCAACUACCUGGUGGUGUCCCUGGCGGCCGCCGACCUGUCGGUGGCCUUCGCUGUCAUGCCUUUCGUGACCAUCACGGACCUGCUGGGGGGAGAGUGGCUCUUCGGGAAGGUGUUUUGCAACGUCUUUAUCGCCAUGGACGUGAUGUGCUGCACCGCCUCCAUCAUGACCUUGUGCAUCAUCAGCGUGGACAGGUAUCUGGGGAUCACCCGGCCGCUGACAUACCCUGUGAGACAAAAUGGGAAGCUGAUGGCCAAGAUGGUCUUCAUCGUUUGGCUCCUGUCUGCCUCCAUCACGCUUCCUCCUCUCUUCGGCUGGGCCAAGAACGUCACGGUGGAGAGGGUCUGUCUCAUCAGCCAGGACUUCGGGUACACGGUCUACUCCACGGGGGUUGCCUUCUACAUCCCCAUGGCGGUCAUGCUCGUCAUGUACAGCCGGAUCUACAAGGCCGCCAAGGUGAGCGCCGAGAAGCACCGCUUCAUGAACUUCCCCAAGCACUAUGAAGAGGAGGGCGUCUACUGCCUGGAGGCCUCCAGCCGGGGCCACCACAGCUCGAAGCGCACCAAGGCGGUGGAGGAAUGCGCCACCCUCUCCAAACUGCUCCGGCAAGACCGAAAGAACAUUUCCAUCUUCAAACGGGAGCAGAAAGCGGCCAGGACCCUCGGUAUCAUCGUUGGGGCCUUCACGUUUUGCUGGCUCCCGUUCUUCCUGAUGUCGACGGCUCGGCCUUUUAUCUGCGGCAUCCACUGCAGCUGCAUGCCGCUGCGGUUGGAGAGGACUCUGCUCUGGCUGGGGUACACCAACUCCCUCAUCAACCCCUUGAUUUACGCUUUCUUUAACCGAGACUUGAGGACUACUUUCUGGAACCUCCUGAGGUGUAGGUACAGGAACAUCAACAGGAGACUCUCCGCCGCCAGCAUGCACGAGGCCCUGAAAGCCACAGAGAGGCACGAAUGCAUCCUGUAGAGCCGUGUCCUCUAGCUCAGUGCCUGACCGACGAACUCCUGCCCCUCCAUUUCAGGUUCCUUGCUUCCCCUGCCCCUCGGGGCCGGAAGAAACCACGCGUGCCAUUGCCCCCGUCAGAUGUUGCUGCUGAGAGCGGCACCCUUCCCUCACCCCAGGAGGAGAUGCCGCUCUCCUUGCCCUGUGGGGGAACGAGCAGGCAGCCUUCCCUUCUCACCAUGCCCAAGGUGGGAGCUGAGACCGGGAGGGAUCCAAGGUCUACCACCAACUGUGGGCAAGUCACACCACCUCUCUGUGCCUCAGUUUUCCCAUCUGUUAAAAAAAAAAUAAAAUAAAAAAUUAAAAAAAAAGGAAAAGCAACUCCUCCCCUCCCCCAACCAACCAAAACAAAACAAAACAAACAAAACAACAACAAAAAACCUUGAUAAACUAUGGCUCUCCACCUUCAAAAAGGGCUUUAAGGUCAGUGGAGAGCACAGGAUGUACUAUGUAAAGAUGAUGCUGGCUGCACUUCUCUUAUCAGCUACAACAGCAGCUACAGGCUCCAUCGUAGAUCCAGGCACUCAUGACAUCCCAGCUUAUAGGAACUCUUCCCACCGAUGUAAUUGCAUUCUACACACUGAGCUCAUGUCCAGGUUUGCACGUCAGAGCCGUUAUACCAAUGACCCUCCUUCCCCUCACACUGUAGCACUGCAGCACUUGAAAGAGGCGCGCUCGCGGGAUGCAACACGACUGAACACCAAGUUCCCUCUGUGGUUGGAUAGGACAAUCUGAUGGCGUCCUCAUCGGGGAGAUGGCCAGUGAGCAAAGGAUGGAUGUGUUCAUUGGGGUGUACUCUAAUUCAUUCUCAGACAAGUGAUGUGUGUUCAUAAUUUGUGGCUAAUUGAUGCUAUAAAAGCACGCUUUGGUUGACAACAGAAAAAAAGUAUAUAAUUUCUCUGACAGCUUUAUAGUGCUUCAGUAUGAUGUCCAGCAAGCUUGAAAAAAUACACUA